AUGGAUGCCGAAACUCUGCGUACCACAGUGGAAGUCCAAACCAAGACACAGCAGCAAAUGUUCACCAAGGCGAUGAAGCGUAUGGAAAGGAUGGCCUCAGCUUCACACCCAGCCGUUCCAACAGCACUCGUCGCCACGGCCCAAUUUGUCACGAAUUCUCUAUCGACACGCUUGCCUGAGUUCGUGUACGAUCCGGACAGUGGUUGUUCAUUCCGGGUCUGGUACAAUCGCCACGAGGACGUCAUCUCAAAGCACGGUGCUAACUUGGACGAUUCAGCGAAAGCUCGAUUAAUCGUCUCCAAACUCGGCCCCGUCACAUACGUCACAUAA